CGCGAGAGUCCAACCCACCAACACACUACACACUCCCACGCCAUUAAUAAACUGGACAGUGAAUCCUCACUCAUCAGAUAACUCGCAAGAAAAUCGCGGAAAAUUCCCCCGCAUCAUCGUCACCUUCCUCCCGUGUCCCUCUUCACUCCUCGGCCAUCCUCUCCCACCUCACUCCACUCCAGUGCACGAGGAUGGGGAGAGGCUCCCCUCCCGCCCCGAGCCUCGCGCCCGGGCUGCUGGCCCUGCUCGCCGCCGCGCUGCUGCUGCUGCUGCCCGCCCCGGCCGCCGGGGUCAACGUGACGGCCGUGCUCGCGGCGUUCCCCGGCUUCUCCGACUUCGCGCGGCUGCUGGCGUCCUCCCCGGUGGCCGCGGAGCUGGCGGGGCGGUCGUCGCUCACGCUGCUGGCCGUGCCCAACGCCAACCUGCCGCGCUCACCCUCCGCUUUCGCCGCGGCCGCCGGCGCCGACCUCGCCGACGUGCUGCGCUACCACGUCCUCCUCGAGUACCUCUCCCCAUCCGACCUCGCCCGCGUCCCCGCCUCGGGCAGGCUCGUCACCACGCUCUUCCAGACCACCGGCCGCGCGCCCUCCGACCUCGGCGCCGUCAACCUCACGGCCACUGCCGCGGGCGCGGCCGUCGUCGUCCGGUCGCCGUCCCCGUCCCCGGGGUCGAACGCCACCGUCCUCGGCGCCGUCACCAGGGAGCCGUACAACCUCAGCGUGCUGGCCGUGGGCGGCCUCAUCGUGCCCUCCGGCUUCGACAUCGCCGCGUCGGGCUCCGAGAGCCGCCCGUCCCCCGCGGUGAACAUCACCCGCGUCCUCACCGACGCGCGGGGGUUCAACGUGGCCGCCUCCAUGCUCGAGGCCUCGGGCGUGGCGGACGACUUCGAGGCCGACGAGCGCGGCGCCGGCAUCACCAUCUUCGUCCCCACCGACGACGCCUUCGCGGCGCUCCCGGCCACGGACCGCCUCCAGUCCCUCCCCGCCGACCGCAAGGCCGUGGUGCUGCGCUUCCACGUGCUGCACUCCUACUACCCGCUGGGGUCCCUCGAGUCCAUCGUGAACCCCGUCCAGCCCACGCUCGCCACCGAGUGCACCGAGGCCGGCCGCUUCACGCUCAACAUCACGCGCUUCAACGGCUCCGUCGCCAUCGAUACGGGCGUCGUGCAGGCGUCCAUCACUCGCACGGUGUUCGACCAGAAUCCCGUCGCGGUCUUCGCCGUCUCCAAGGUCCUGCUGCCCAAGGAAAUGUUCAGCCGCGGGAACACCAUUAACCCCGGAGCUACGACCCCUCCGGCUGCCAUGACACCGGACGUCUCCGAUGGCCCGCGGACGCCGCCGACGAAGCUGUCGUCGCCGCCGGCCCUGCGUGGCCAGGACAGCAAGCCAUCAUCGGCACCGGCAAGAAACGCGAACUGGUGGUGUAUAGGAUUGGUCUGCCUGCUCCUACCUCUGGUAUGAGAUCCAGGUGGUACCUUGCAUCCUCAUUUUUUUCGUUCUUCUUCUACCAUUUCCCCUCUCGUUUGAUCGAAACCGAAUGUGUGCACCGGCAUUGGAUUGGAUUGGGGAGAGGAUUCCGUAGAGGCCAUUGUAGCAGUAGUAUCCAUUAUUUUUGGUUUCUUCACCUGAUCAGGGAAAUAAUAAUAAUACCAUGUGUAGAAAUCUAUGCAUUCCCUUUGUUCAA